CAGACCUUCACAAUGCCAGGCGGAUUUAAGGUUUUUGGGGGUUUUCCUCCAAGUUGAUUCAUUGAUAUAUUGAAAUCGUUAGCCAUGAAUGUGCGCUAUUCAAAGUGUCAGAGUCUCAAACGUGACGCAGCAACUAGAUAGCAAGUCUUGUACAGAAGAGCGUUCACUGAGUAGAGCCUGCUUGGGUUGACACCUGAAACGCCCAAUGCGAUGUCUGUGAAAUUGUCCCCUCCCCUUUUGUGUUCUACGUUUCAAGUCAUUAAACAUUUGAAGCUCUCUGGAGAAACUGCUGCACUUGUGGAACAACAAGAUGCGGACGACGCUUCAUCUGCUGCUCCUGCUGAUCCCGUUUGGAGGAUACACGGGUCAGCCCACCUUCACAACAGAGACCAAAAACGUUGGACAAAGUGUCUCUCUGGAAUGUGUCCGCAACCCCUCUGAAAUUGAGGAUUAUCUUGCUUGGAUUCGAUUUGCUUCUGGAAGCUUUCCAGAAAUCUUAGGUCAGAUGCCAUCCUUUGAUAUGGCAGAACCCAAAACUGGGACAUCAAAGAGUGGACGUCGUAUAACAGUCAAGCAAGAGCCAGGGAAGUUUGUUCUGCAAAUUAGUUGGGUGCAAAAAAGCGACACGGCGCUCUACUACUGUUUCAAAUGGACAACAUGGGUUCAUAAACUGACAUUUUUGAAUGGAGUAUUUAUACAAGUUAAAGCCGACCCAGAUGCAGAGACCGCCGUCACUGCUGUCAGUCAUGACAAGAGCCGAUCGCAGUGCUCGUUCGUCUCUCGCUCUGGUAAUAAAACGUGUGAGGAUGGACACAACGUUUAUUGGCUCAGAGCUGGACCAGAAGAUUCAAAUCCCAACUUCAUUUACGCUCAUGACGAAUGUGAAAAAGUUGCAAAUGGCUCCAUGCAGAAAUGCGUCCAAGCUUUUCCAAACAACGCCGACGCCGGAACGUACUCUUGUGCUGUGGCCUCAUGA